AUGGUCGCGAACGCGUUCGUCGCGCUGGAAGCGUACAUCUACUAUACCACCGGCGGGCACCCCACCCACCCGUGCCGCUUAUGUAUCUUCGACCCGGCGUUCGAAAUCGUCGAGGACUACUGGCGACAGUUGUUCUGGGGCGGGUCUCUCCGGAACGACGGGCACCUCGCCAUGCUGCUCUACACGCACGACCGCCCUCUGCCCCACCCUGCCAGCCCGAUCCCGAGCGUCCUGCCCACGCAUGUCGACCCCAACAUCAAGAACCCCGACGGCAGGAGCGGAAGCCAGCUGGAGAGGGAAUUCGUGCGUGGAAAGAUGUGCGUCGCUGACGAGUAG